AUGUCUCUCUUUAAAUCCAAUGGACUCUUGGGUCUCGGUUCGACCUCAACCGCCCUUCAGGAAGACCGCCAAUCGCCUCUGGACAACAUGAUUUCAGCUCUCAAGCCCAACGGCUUGCUGGGCUCGAACAGGUCAAGCCCCGAACUCGACAGAACAGAAGAAGACACUCACAGCUCUGGCUUUGGCUUCAAAAGCAACGGUCUCCUCGGUGGUGCUCGUGCAUCCGAAGGUGACGAUGAUCAGGGCGGAUUUAGUUUGGGCCUGCAAAGUAACGGCCUCCUCGGAGGUUCAAGCAGUUUUGGGUCGACGAGCAGAGCAUCAUCUCCCGAAAGCCGAUCGCCAGAAGCCCAUGAUUCCCCACCAACCUCCCCCGAACCGUUCAGGACAGCCUCGCCUCCUGCUAUACCUGUACAAGAAACCACCUUAUCGUCGUCAAACCGUUCAAUCCGUGCAACAACAUUCGAUGGAAAACCGCUCCAUAUCAGACGGAGAGUACGGCGAACGGGAAUUGCUGGGAUGUCCCAAUACACAGAAUGCUCGAAACCCUUUCCGUUGAAAAGGCAACGGAGCUCCAGACGACGUAGGCUUCCCACUCCUUGCCCCUUUCCACAGAGCGCUGCACCAUCGGAAGACAAACCCGACGUGGAAGACACGCUCUGGGUGGACCGGUAUCGACCCAGGAAAUUUACGGAUCUACUGGGGAAUGAACGGGCUUCAAGGGAGGCAAUGGCGUGGCUUAAACAGUGGGAUUGGUGUGUAUUUGGGAAGAACAAAGCGAAGAAGAGGGCUCGUCAAAAGGAUGAAGACACUACUUAUGAGGAUGAGUACCAUCGGCCCCAAGAGAAGUUCCUCUUGCUUUCUGGCCCACCGGGGCUGGGAAAGACCACACUCGCCCAUGUUAUCGCGAAACAGGCAGGUGAUGCCCGGUCAGGCAACGUCGUAGAUGACAGGAUACGGCCCACUCUUGAAGCAGGGUCAACCGUUGGCAGCACAAAACCCGUCCUUGUAGUUAUUGACGAAAUUGAUGGUGCAACCGGUGCUGGAGACAACUCCAACACCUCUAUCGCCAAGCUCAGGCCCCAUGCACUUCAGAUCAGGUUCAAUAAGCCAUCCGACAUCCACACCGUGAAGCGGCUGCGGGAGAUUUGCGAAUACGAAGGACUUAAAGCGGACGCCCGUGCACUUGCGACUUUAGUUGGCGUGGCCAAGGGGGAUCUGCGAGGUUGUCUAAAUACGCUUCAGUUCAUCAAGUCGAAGAAAGAGGAUGUCACGGAACCCAUCAUUCGAAAGGCUACGAUGGGAAUGAAGGAGUCUGGAAGUUCCAUACAAUCGUGUCUCAACAGUCUAUUCACCCCAUUGUCCAAAAAACGAGUGAAGGAACUGGGUCUGACAGAAAGCGAGGAACGCAAAUACGUCGGCCGUCUCUACCACGAAAUCGACAGUUGCGGAAGGGAAACCGCAUGCUUUGGACAUUAUACUACCCUACGACACCAUGACGCCAAUCUCUCGAGACACGAGAGGGCUAUCGAAUGGUUGGUCACCUUUGAUACCAUGUCCAGCGCAAUGUAUGGCGAUGGCGAUUUUACUCUUCACCAUUACCUACCAUACACUCUUGUUCCCUUCUUCCCCUUGUUCAAAGAACGGGGCGGAGAGCGCAUCGACCGAAGGCAAGUCGACUGGGAGCAUGUGCAACUUCUUCGGACCAAUGAAGAAAUCUACAAGACGCUUGGUCGAAGUCUCCGCUCAGCUGCUGUGCGGAACAACGGGGACUAUCGGCAUUUCAGCGAGACGCCCAUUCUCCAGACGGAAUUUGCACCAUUGAUUAACCGGAUCAUUUCUCCUCCGUUACGACCUAUCAAUAACCAGGUGAUCAAGGUUGAAGAGAGAGCGCUGUUGCAGCGCCUCGUCAGUGUCAUGGUCGCAAUAGAUUUACGCUUUGUUCGUGAACGUAGCGAAGACGGACAGCUAUCCUAUCGGCUGGAGCCGCCCAUUGAUGUAUUCAUUACCUAUGAUGGCAAACGGGCAGCUGACAUCCCUGUAUCGAGAUACGCUGUUCGACAUCUUGUAGCUGAACAGGUGGACGCCAAGCUAACCGAGAGAGAUACUGAGUACAUCGAGAAAGGAAAGAGGGGCAAGCAUGCUGACUUGUUCAAGUCAUCUUCCGGGUCCCUAAACCGGAGUCCUCACAAGCGCCCACGGGACACUGUGGACGGCGAGGACGUACCUGACGCUAAGCGAUCUAAACUUGAGGGCCCCACCGAUUUCUUUGGACGUCGCAUAACCGCGCCUGCCGGCAAGGGUCCCAGAUUCACCACGCGAAAGGUAUCUGUCGAAAAGCCCUACAAAGUCACCUAUCGCUUUGCAGAAGGAAACUCUGCCGCUGUUCGGAGACCGUGUAAUGUCGUUCUUUCUCGAAUUUCUAUGCGUGUAUUUCUAGUCCUUUUCGAUGGUACUUUUAUGGAUGACGAUGUGCACUAUUCCGUCCUGUGGUCCCAUUUUGUCAUACCGAGCUCGCCACCCAAAUUCGACCAAAUUCUGGGGCUUCCAGCUACGUCGUACGAUUGGGCUCUCCCCGAAAACGGCACGAACUUCCUUGCGUCACCUCGACGAAGAUCGAUGGCAGACAGGGACAAUCCGUUCUGGGCGUCACAUCCUGCUCCGUGGCAAGUGCUCAACCAUAAACUUCCUAUUCUGCCAAACGUAACAUCGGAAGAUAAACCGCGGGCCCUGAGAUAUCCCUGCCUCCUCGGUGUCGUUCACAUCUUCGGGCCCAACGAUCCAACAGUUCUGCGUGGAGUGUCUAGACAGGCAGAUCGUCGCUAG